UUUAGAACACGCGAUUGGAGGAUUUGUAAUACCAGUAUUAUUUCUGAUAUAAAAAUGACGGGAUUCAAAUGGGUUAGGUUCACGGGCGCACGUUACACGGUGCCGGGGAUGAUUUUGAUCGGUAAGGAUCUCGACGGCACUAAUCUCGUGGUCGGUCGUGCUUACCAUUGCGGGGAUAUGCUACCCGCGAAGGCAAAGCCGGAGCACGGUAUCGCUUACGUUUGCCACAACGGCCAGGAGCACAUAAAACGCGACUUCGAGAUUCUGAUGCCCGCCGAUUUUAAUUGGAUUCGGGCGGCGCACGGUAAUGUACCGAUCGAAGCGGUCGAGGCUGGAAUGACGCAGAACGGAGAGAUGCUUUACAUUGGGCGUACAUACCACAAUGGCGCGCCGUGUAUUGGAAAGGUGCACAGAUCUCACGGUGUAUUAUACGUACCAUUCGAUGGGAAGGAAGUCCCUUUUAGGGAGUACGAAGUUUUGACGCAAAGUUAAUUUAUAUGUCUAAAACGCACAGCUUACGGCUUCUGGCACAGACAGCUCUCUUGUGACAACAUUUGUUAUUCAAAGUUGAUCCAAUACACUUUUGACAUAAUCAACUAAUUACAUAAAUAUACAUUAUCUACCUUUAAUAUGAGUCUUCUGAGUUCAAAGAACUGGAUAUGCAAUCUUUAGAGACUGCGACUAUUAGUGUGUAAGUGUAAUUUUUUGAACGCGGAUGUUUAUGAGAGUUUAAA